CUGGCGUCGUCCAGGCGGGUUCUGACUGACAGAUGCCUUCACCAUGAUGCUGUGUUGCAGCGCCCUGGUCGUCGCCCUCCUGGUGUCGCAGACCAGAAGCUUCCUGGCCUCAGAGGACGACAGUGUCCCUGAGGAGUGGGUUCUCCUCCACGUGGUUCAGGGCCACAUUGGGGCAGGAAACUACAGCUACCUACGCCUCAACCAUGAUGGCCGAAUCAUCCUGCACAUGCAGAGCCUCAAGGGGGACGCAGACCUCUACGUGUCAGAUAAAACCUUGCAGCCGAGCUUCGACACCUACAAGCUGCAGUCCGCCACCUGCGGCCAGGACGUGGUGGUGGUGCCAGGGGACUUUGUGAGGCCUGUGGGCAUCGGCAUUUACGGCCACCCGUCUCACCAGGAGAGCGAGUUUGAAAUGCGGGUGUUUUACGAUCAGACGGUGCCCCAGAAUCCAUUUGACGCAGGCUUGUUGUCAAAGGACGGACACGAGCAAGAGCAAUCCCCUCAGGCUGCAGAUGAGAAAGAAGGCUCGAUCGUUUGGACAAUUCUGAUUGGACUUUUGAAGAUUAUACUUGAGAUUUUGUUUUGAAAACGGGGAUGUUCCUUGCUGCUGUGACAGGAGGAAGAGACUCUGUUCUCGGUCCACUCGGCCUUGAUAAAUUAAAGAUUUAUUUUUUCCUUUCAUUCUGUAAGGAUGAGAAAAUGUCCCACAAAACCUCAGUUAGAAUUCAGGCAUUUUAAUCUUUGCUUGUGAGCAAAAAAAACCACACCUAAUCAAAAGAGAGGUAAAUGAGAAUGUCACUCAGUCGAGCUCAAACGUCCGCCGAGACCCAACAGUCUCUAAAAUCCAAUCAAGCUGCACCAAAUUACACAGACUCGUAGAUAUCAGUCCCCUGAAUGUGCCUGGUUCGUGAAUUAUUCUCUGGGAAAAGUGUGAAAAUGUUAAGAAACGUCACAUUCGCACACGUCCCUUCACUGACAGACCUGGGUGGAAACAUCCGUUUUUUAAAUAUGACGCUGGAUCACUUAGUUAAAUUCACCAGUGACGCUCGACUAAUCGGAAAAUGUUUGACCAAGUCUGUUUUUUGAUGUAAAGUGAUUGAACGGUGCUGCCUCUCAUUCAACUCGGGAGUGAAGUGAGGUUCAUAUUUAAUCUAAACUUUUAGUUUUCUGCAGUUUUAUGUGAUUGAACUGCAGUCAACCAAAAUGACAAGGGGGGGGGUGUAUGACUGGUUGUUUGUUUUUUUUAAAUUCAUCAAACGCUUACAUGCUCGUAUGUAAUGUGAAAAACCUUUCGGUUGCUGGAAUCUUCCCUCCUGUGCAUUCUGUCCAUGAAGAGCUCACUUCCUGACACGAUCCCAGCGCUAAAGACGAGCGACACAACCACAGCUCUCGAGUGAGAUUUAACUGAAUUCCACUGAAACUUGUCGCUGAAUCACUUCUCUAAGUUUCUGUCUUUUUCUGGUGCAACAUUUUCUCAGAUUAUCAUGUUUCCUCUCUGAGCUGUCAGAGGAGUAAACUACAUCCUGGUGCCUCACGGAGGUUUGUCGUUGACAAAACCACGUGAGCACCAGGACGAAGGUGACGCUUCAUUCGAAUCCCUCAGACUCUUUUCCAGCUUGUCCCCAAGCAGAGAGACGCCUGCAGCAACAUUCACACCUGGUAUCAACGUGCGUCCUGAGUGAUCCUAUCACAAGUGUCUAAGUUCAGGUGUGAAUGGAUCUUCAACAUCUCCAGUUUCCUGAGUUGUGAAUUUAUUGGUGUGUUCACGAGGUUCGAAGCUGAAAUGCUGAGAAAGUAAAACACAGAUGCUGUAAAUAACGUGUUGUAUUUGUGCUCAGAGCUUUUAAACAACACAUCGACUCCUCUGAACAAUAUUUAUGUAACAGAGCAAAGAAAGGGUCAGGUGCGACACACGUCUGACCACACUGAGGUCUUCUGGGACGCAUGUAGUCUCAUUCAUUUGGCUGUGUGAACAGACACGCACCAGAGGACUCAGCUACAGUUACACAAACUGGAAGAACAGAAUUAUCUCAGGAAUAAAGCAAGGAAGGACAUGUUUUACUAUCAGGUGUGAGGACAGAUGAGCUGUCCACUUGUGAGCAGAUCUCUCAGGAGGACAGAAGUUAAUACCAGGUGUGAUCAGAGCCUCUGACUGUGUCCGCGUUAAUCUUUAAAACUAAGUCAGCAUCGUGCAGAGAUGACAGCUGUGUCCGUCUCUCACCUGUGAAUGAAAACCACUUGUCUUAACUCUGCAUAUUAACAUCACACAGGAAACUUAGCAAUACCGUCAUGGUCAGCGU